UGUGCUUCACCCGACCUUUCAUAUUAAGUUAGAUGAGAGCCAUGAGAGAAGCGCCUUUGAUCACUAUGAAGUACUGUACUGGGAUUAUGGAUCACAGCGUGCAUGACGUCACUCGAUUGCUACAAAACAACGAAUACUGUGUAUGCCUUGUCACUGCUGGCUCGGUGGUGGCUCACUUCAGCUCGUCUGUGAUCUGACAUCCUAGAGCUGUGGUCAAAUUCACUGUAGAGGACAUCCCACACAGGGUAAGGAACAUAAAAUCAGGAUGCUGUUUGUCUUUGUAUUAUCUGCUGUGUUCCUCUUCAACACUGGCACAUGCACUGCAGCACAAUCUGAGCUGAGAGUUACAACAAUCCUGCAAGAGCCUUACACGAUGUCCAAAGGCUCACAACUGGAAGGCUUCUGCAUGGACCUGCUGGCAGAAGUUGCCAAGAAGCUGGACUUCAGGUACAAAGUGCAUCUGGUGAAGGACGCCUCAUAUGGCAGACAGGAUGACAACGGUCACUGGAACGGGAUGGUGGGCGAAGUGGUGCGAGGGGAGGCCGACUUGGCAAUCGCCCCGCUGACGCUCACCGCGGCUCGGGAGAAGGUGGUGGGGAUGAGCAAACCCUUCAUGCAGACGGGAAUAAGCAUCCUGCUGAGGAAGGACAUCUCUGAGGGCGCGGGCUUCUUUGAUUUCCUCACUCCCUUUUCCGCAGAGACCUGGGCCGGUAUCAUCAUUGCCUACCUGGUAACUGCUGCCUGCAUCUCUAUAGUGGCCAGAGCUAGCCCGAGUGAAUGGAGUCAGCCGCAGAACGAACAGAACACAUUCAGCUUUCCACACAGCCUGUGGUACGCUGCUGGGGCGCUAACGCUGCAAGGUGCCGGUCCGCACCCCCGCGCACUCUCCGGACGCGUCGUCUGCUGUAGCUGGUGGCUGUUUGCCGUGGUGAUCCUCGCUUGUUAUUUCUCCAACCUCAGCUCGUCCAAAAACCCAGAAUCCACUCAGCUGAGUGUCAAGGGAUUCGAGGACCUGGCAAAUCAGGACGUCAUUGAAUACGGCUGCCUUAGCGCCUCCUCCACGCUGGGCUUCUUCAAGAAUUCAGACAACCCGGUGUAUCGUAGGAUCUACGAGCACAUGGAGAGAAGUAAAAGUCUGGUAUCAUCCAUGGAUGAAGGCAUCCAGCGUGCAAAGGAGGGGAACUUUGCCUUCAUCGGGGAGUCUGUGUCACUGGACUUGGCAGUGGCGCGCCACUGCGACCUUGUCAGAGCGCAUGAGGUGGUCGGCAUGAGGGGAUACAGCAUUGCUGCCACACUUGGAUCUCCAAUCAUAAAGAACCUGAGCGUGGCCAUCCUGCAGCUGAGCGAGGCGGGCGAGCUGACCUAUCUGCAGAGCAAAUGGUGGGCCAGCAGCUGCAUCGCGGACAAGGCCAAGGCGACAGCUGUGCAGCCUCACAGUCUCAAGGGGAUGUUUGCGGUGCUCGCUCUGGGCCUGACGCUGGGAACACUGCUGGCCGUCCUGGAGCUCGCGUCCAGGAGUCGCCGCAGCGCGGCGGAGCAGAAGAAAUCCUUCUGCCGGGUUCUGUCCGAAGAGUUCAGCUUGCGUUUCAGGAACAACAACAACAACAACCCAACAAAGCGAGCUCAAGAGCCUGCUGAUAAAGAAACAGAAAAGGCAUAGAAUCAUUCUUCACGCACUGACAAACUGACCAUUUGGGAUUGUAACCCAUUGAAAGCAUCUCACAUUUACAAUGUAGCUCGCUACAAUUAAUACAAUAACUGAAACAACUAACAACUCUAACUAUGAACUGAAAUAAAAGCCAACUUAGCAUUAAAAAAAUGUGUAAACAAUUGAGCAGAAUGCUGCUAAAAAUUAAUUUUAAGGAAGCCUAAAAUAAAAACUAUCACACAUUUUUCGUUGGUGUUAUUUCACGUUGUCAUGUUUUAACAAGGAUCUUAUUGGUUAGAAUGUCAACAAUUUCAAUAGCGUGCUUUGCAAAAAUGAUCAAUUUUUGUCACCGUACCUCACUCAAGGCAAACAAGGUUGACCAAAUUGGUAGCAUUGCUAUAACCUUUUCUGUUUUCCUAUUCUGUGCACAGUUUUCACUACAUCACACAUAUUUAUUUGAUUGUUAGUACAAUCACGUAUCACUCGGUCCUUUUACCAACAUGCAUUAAUAUGGCAGUCCCUUGAUUUACAAGUCCAACCACCUUUUCGAGCUAUGAGCUAUAGCUUGAUUAUUAUUAUUGUAAUUUUGUUCAAAAUUAGAUGUUCGGGUUCAAGUGCGCUCUCAUGUCUUUAUGGAACGGGACAAUCAGUGAAACACAAAAACAAAAGACAGCACUACCGGGGAGCUGCUGUCAACCACGAUUCUUGCACAGAUGAAGCUAUUUUGGACAACGUGACAACCAGCUCCUGACAUCACUUACCAGGCCACACCCCUUAAAGGCACACAUCCGACACAUGAAUACUACAGUAUGUGCAGUAAUUAUACUUUAUAAAAGUUAAUUCCUUAACAUUACAUUUUAUUAGAG